CAGGCCAGGGCCUUUACUCCAGAUGUUUCAGGAGAACUGGAAUGACCUCUGAAUGACCUCUGAUCAGAGGAAUUGAUCGGUAUUGGAAACGUUUUCCAGGUAUUGAUCCGAUCACAUCAGAACUGGUUCCUGACCCGUGGGUCACUCCGUUCUCUGGACAUCAACUUUUAGGCUCUGACCGGGUCAAAGGUCAGGAUCUGACCCAGUUCUGCAGAACCUUUGAAGGUAGAUCAUGCAGAACUGGGUCAGAAGUGCAGCACCAGACCUUCUGUCACAUAGAUCCACUACUCGUCUGUGUGACCGAACUCUUCAUCAGCUGCUGAGGAAGAAACCAGGCAGCACACACACACACACACACACACACACACACACACACACACACACACCGGCCACUUUAACAUGGUAAACAAUACUUUCUGUAAACCAACAUACACACUUUUAGUCCCGCCCCUUCAGUUCUGGCUGUGAGGCGACUAAAAGGAAUUGAUAAGAAAAGUUUUUUGAAUUUUCCACUUCUAUUAUUUGAGUAAUUAAAAUCAUUUUCUGUUUAUUUAUUGUCCUGUUUUCUUUACACCUGUCCACCGGUCAGAUUUCCGUCCUCCUGUUUCCUGGCCCUCCAGGAUUCCCAGUCCUCCGGUUUCCGUGGUUUCCCUCCUGCUCUGCGUCUGACUCCAGCUCCCAUGUGUUUGUGUUUCCUGACAGGACGGCCUUACAUGGACACGCGGCGGAGCGGCUCCUCCGGCUCCUCCGGCCUUCGUUUGGGAGACGGAGAGACGGAGCCGAGGACGGCGGGUCCGUGAGCUGCAUCAUCAUCAUCAUCAUCAUCAUCCUUUAAUAAGAGCGGCGCAGGAGGAGGUGGAGACGCUCUUCAUCACUCCUGGAUUUAUUUGCUCUUCUUCCAGAUCCCUGUAGAAAUAAACAACGAUAUUAAACUUUAUUAUUGUUGUUCGGCUUUAAUAAAGAGCCUGUUGGAUGAAAUCGCGCCGUUUUCACCCUGAGGAGCUGAAAACAGGAAGUUCACCUGCCAGGUCUUCCUGCUCCUUCUGAGUCUUUUUCAUGGCUUGACACCUUGCUGACCUCUGACCCCUCCUCCCCACUCAACAUGUCCAACCCACUCGCCUCUCGCAGCCCCGACCAGACCAGGAAGUCGGAUCAGGUGGAGCAGUGAGCCCUGCUUUAACUAGGCCUUCCACCUUUAGCCAUUAGCCCCGCCUCCUGACGCCUCUAGACUCCUCCUCCCGUGAAACGCUCUGAUGCAAGAUGGCAGCCGGCGUAGCCACGUGGCUGCCGUUUGCGCGGGCGGCGGCGGUGGGCUGGCUACCGCUGGCCAAGAAGACGAUGCCCAAACCUCCGGUGGACAACUCGUCCCGGUCCGACGAGAUCCUGUACGUCAACGUGAGCGGCGUCCGCUUCCAGACGUGGAAGAACACUCUGGACCGGUACCCCGACACGCUGCUGGGCUCCUCGGAGAAGGAGUUCUUCUACAACGAGGAGACCCAGGAGUAUUUCUUCGACAGAGACCCAGAGAUGUUCCGGCACAUCCUGAACUUCUACCGGACCGGGAAGCUGCACUACCCCCGGUACGAGUGCAUCCAGGCGUUUGACGAGGAGCUGGCCUUCUACGGCAUCGUGCCAGAGAUCAUCGGGGAUUGCUGCAUGGAGGAAUACCGGGACAGGAAGAAGGAGAACCAGGAGCGGCUGGCCGAGGACACGGAGGCCAACGAGGCGACCGACGCCCCGCUGCCCCCCCACAGCACCUCCAGGGAGCGGCUGUGGCGCGCCUUCGAGAACCCGCACACCUCCACCAUGGCGCUGGUCUUCUACUACGUCACGGGCUUCUUCAUCGCCGUGUCGGUCAUCGCCAACGUGGUGGAGACGGUGCCCUGCCGGCCGCCCAAGGGCAGCGUGAAGGACCUGCCCUGCGGCGAGAAGUACCAGCUGGCCUUCUUCUGCAUGGACACGGCCUGCGUUCUCAUCUUCACCUUCGAGUACCUGAUGCGCCUCUAUGCUGCGCCCAGCCGCUGCAAGUUCAUGCGCUCGGUGAUGUCGGUGAUCGACGUGGUGGCCAUCAUGCCCUACUACAUCGGCCUGGUGAUGCCCGAGAACGAGGACGUGAGCGGCGCCUUCGUCACCCUGCGGGUCUUCCGGGUUUUCCGGAUCUUCAAGUUCUCGCGGCACUCGCAGGGCCUCCGCAUCCUGGGCUACACGCUGAAGAGCUGCGCCUCGGAGCUGGGCUUCCUGCUCUUCUCGCUCACCAUGGCCAUCAUCAUCUUCGCUACCGUCAUGUUCUACGCCGAGAAGGGCACCAAGGGCUCCACCUUCACCUCCAUCCCAGCCUCCUUCUGGUACACCAUCGUCACCAUGACGACGCUGGGGUACGGUGACAUGGUUCCCAACACGAUCGCAGGGAAGAUCUUCGGCUCCAUCUGCUCCCUGAGCGGCGUUCUGGUCAUCGCGCUGCCCGUCCCCGUCAUCGUGUCCAACUUCAGCCGGAUCUACCACCAGAACCAGAGAGCCGACAAGAUGAGAGCGCAGCAGAAAGUCCGUUUGGCUCGAAUCCGCAUGGCGAAGAAAGGAACAGUAAACGCCUUUCUGCAGUACAAAGAGGACCACACUCUGGGAGACAGGGACAGCGACAGCACGGCUCUGUGUGUGAAGAACAGAUCAGCCUUUGAGCAUCAGCACAACCACCUGCUGCACUGUCUGGAGAAAACCACGAACCACGAGUUCACCGAUGAGAUGACCUACAGCGAGCUCUGCAUGACCGAGUCGGUGGGCUUCCGAACCAGCCGCAGCACCUCUCUGUCCAGUCAGCAGGGGGCACAGAACAACUCCACAGGCUGCUGCCCCCGCCGGGCCCGGAGGAGAGCCGCCAUGCGACUGGCCAAUUCCACGGUGUCCGUGAGCCGGGGCAGCGUCCAGGAGCUGGACACCCUGCAGUUUAAGACCACCUCCAUGCCGCCACAAACUCGAUCCAGCCUCAACGCCCAGCCGGACGACCUCAAGCUGAACUGUGGUGAUCAGGACUUCACCGCCGCCAUCAUCAGCAUUCCCACUCCGCCUGCCAACACGCCGGACGAGAGUCUGCCUCCGACGCCGACGCCCGUCCCCGGCAUCCUGCGGAACACCCGGGCCACCGCCUACACCCACGAAACCGUCAAGAUCUCCUCCUUAUAACCUCUGACCCCUGAUCCCCCAGACUUCCACCCUCCCAUUCUGAACCUCUGAAUCUCUGGUUCUGAUCCAUGGCCCGGGAUCAGCCGGAUCCUUGGAGGUGCAGGAAGAUCAGAUGAGCAUGAACCUGAAGCUACAGAACCUUUAGAUUUCAUUCUCCUGGGAACGUUCAGGAAUCAGAACAUUGAACCGGUCCAAUACCCCCGACACCGGAUCGUCCCUCCUGGACCGGAUCGGCCCGGAACGGCUAAAACAGCUGGUCCACAGUUUCUUUCUUUGGGUUUGGUUCCGUUUAAACGGGUCAGAUGGAAAGCAGCGCCGUCUAGAAAUUAAUCUUGUUGGAGUGACUGAACUCGGGUUUUUGGGUCGAGCUGGAAGCUGAGUGGUUUGGCCCGGUUUUCGGUGAGAACCGGUUCGUUGUGGGAUUGAAUCCAGGAUCCAGAGACGGAAUUUUCAGGAUUAACGAUGUGGGUUUGGUUCGCUUGGUUCUGAAGAAUGGAACCAACAGGGUUAGGGUUCAGUUGUUGUCCUGAACCUUUGGACUGCUGCAUGCGGGUUCUGAUCCAAACUGCUCUGGUUCUGCUUGUUCGAUGUGGACCAAGAACCUUUUACUCUUUAAAAUAUGCAACGUUUCUCUGAUGAGGAAACCAGAACCGGGAACUGAACAGAACUCCAGCAGAACCGCAAAGCGGACGGGUUUCAUCUGUCAUGUGACAGGAAGUGCCUGAGGGUUCCCCAGCUGGAGGUUCUGAUGAUCCGGUUGACAUGCAUCUUCCUGUUAGGUGGUUCAGACAGAACCAGAACCAGCUGAUCCCAUCAGAGUCACAUGACCAACCAGCUGGUUCUGAUCAGUUCUAGUCCUUUGGUAGGUUCUGGUUCUGUUUGGUUUCUGGUCCAAAUGAAGCAGUCAGAGGCUCCAGCUGAAGAGUUCUGGACAGAACUGAGGACCAGGUCCAACUAAUGAUCCAGUGGAACCGCUCAGCAGCUGGAGGUUCUGGUCUAACUCGUCCAACUGGACGUGACCUUUGACCUUCCCAGCUUGAUGACAGGCGCUCACCGUUAGCUGAGUUGUUGGAUGUUCAUCCUGGUCCACAUGGUUCUGUGUCAGUACCUUCAGUUUGUUCUGGGUCUGUGAUUUUCUGGUCCGGGUCCAACUGGUAUCGUGGUUCUGGUUCAUCUUGAAACUCUGGUGGCCCGGAGACGGCGGGCCGGAGUCCCGGUCGGAGCUAAUGAUGCUAACAGAGCGCUGCUGUCUCCAAAAUGGCCACUAGGGGGCAGAAUUGAACAACAUGGAUCCUUUAGUUGCUGCAGUUGAACUGGUGUUUGUCCUGGUUGGCCCGGUUCUGAAGUCCAACACCAAACUUUUCUAACAAUCUUACAUAAAUUUAACUACAUAAAGACAAGCAUGAUAAAAAUUUCUGCUGUUUGGAGGAAAAAUUGAAACAUUCUUCCUGCUCCGCCUUUCCGUCUCCGUCUGAGGAGCAGGACAGGAAACAGGAAGUAGCAUGUCGACCCGGCUGGGAGAACCUGAUGGCGCGGUUUCUCCAGCAGAGCAGACUGAAUGCUGUAACAUAUUUUGUAUCAUAAAUGCUCCAACCAAAACAGAGACAAUUAGAGGGAGGAGUCAGGGAUCCGCUGGUGAUCCUCCUGCAUGAGCCUCGUAGAUGUAGCUCCGCCCAUCAUCUAUCUACCCAACAAACAAACCAAGGACAGAAGAAGAAGAAGAAGAAGAAGAGCUCUUCUUUUGUCCUUAUGCAUGAUGAUGUUGGUUCUGUUAAUUUCCUUCCUUCUUUCCUUCCUGUGGAUUUUUUCCUCCCCUGAGGAGAAAUCAAGCAGAUUAUCUCAGAGUUCCUGAUCUCAGAUUCAUUCAGGCAUGCUCCUCCAGUGUGUGCGUGCGUGCGUGCGUGCGUGCGUGCGUGUGUGUGUGUGUGUGUGUGUGUGGUGAGCAGUCACUACUAUGCAUGGAUACCGUUGUAGGUAUUUUAGCUGUUUUCUCCUGCAGCGCCGCGGCGACAGACAAGAAACGCUCCAGAAGGUUUUUCUUCUUCUGCAGCUUCCAGACGAAAUGAUGUGUCAACAUGGGCAACGGGCAACGGGCAACUAAUGCAACAAAAUUCAGUUCAGUUCUCAGCUGUGGAUAAAUGAUUUCCCUUCUUGUCUCAAAUGAAAGUUAUUUUUAUCACUAGUAUUAUUGUUGCUGCAGCAGCUGGAAGGUUUUGGGUUUAAAUCCCGGCCUGCAGGUUGCUUGUUCUCCCACAGACCAGAAACACGACUGUCAGGCCGACCCCUGACCUCUGACCUCUGUGGCACCUGGUAUGACAUGGAAUAAAGAAACAUGGCUGACUGAAGGCAUUUACAGGAAAAUAAUACAAAAUUCUGAAAUAAAUCAAAUAUUCAAAAUGGAAUAUCAGUUGACAACAGAACGACGGAUUUUACAAACAUUUUUGUUGCAUUUGUUGGAAUUUAUAUCUUGAGCUUUUUCUCUCAAUCUGCAUGGAGAAAAAUAAACUUGUUGAAAAUAAAUAAGCUAAAAAAAUUAUGAUAAAAUAAAUCAUCAAAUAUUGCAUCCAAAAAAUCAAAAACAAGAAUUUGAUUAUACAGUUGAACAAUAAUUAAUAUUUGUUUAAUAGUUUCAGCAGUACUAUUUCAACAUUAAUCUGCUCUCUUUUCAUUUUUCUUUAUGAAAAAAAUGUUUUACUGUAAAACAUUUUUAUUUUCUCUACUAUAAAAAUGUUGAAUUAUCAGAAAGAAAAUGAAUCAAUGUAUCACUAAAACAGUGACAAAAAAGUAAGAAUUAUUAUAUGAAUUCCAAUAUAUAAAAACUUUGAAAAGUUUUAAUAUAUUCAUUUUGAACAAAAUAGAAUAAUGUAAUGUGACAGUAAAUUUAGAAAUCAUUAAAUGAAUAGACAAAAUGAAAAUGGUUUAAAGAAUCAUGAAAGAAUAAAGGAAAUGGAAAAUUAAAUGACUGAUAUGUUGAAUUAAUACAGCUGAAAAUGACGAGCAGAUAUUAAUUAUUGUUGAUCUGUGUGAUCAAUAUUGAGUUUUGUGUUCAAUAUUUGGCAGAUGAAUUAAUUUAUCCACUAAUUUAUUGAUGCUUGUGUUUAUUGGAGGUUCAGUCAGGAUCAGAGUUCAUCCUGGAGCUUUGACCUUUGACCUGACCGGCCGACAGACCAUGAUGAUGAUGAUGAUGAUGAUGAUGAUGAUGAUGAUGAUUAUGAUGACGCAGUGAGGGAGGAAACAGCAUUAAAGCACAGAGGUGUAUAAUCCAUUCCACUAAUA